GUGAACAUAGCACUAAGACUUAAAAGUUAAAACUAGUUGUUUAUGUUGGUCAUACGGGGAUGGCUCCACUUCAUUUCUUGUUCUUUUCCUUCUUGUUUUCUCUCAUUCUACUGAUUGUUACUGCUGGGAACCAUGAGAACUGUCCAAGCUCCUUUACUUGUGGAAAACUUGGGACUUUCCGGUACCCAUUCACCAAGGCAGAGCAUCCUGAGUGUGGGUUGUUACCAAUUCAAGGCUGCCUCCUCAAUGCUACUUCACCAAAAUUGAUCCAACUUGGCAACAAUAGCAAAAGCGUGAACCUUACUGCUGUAGUGGAGACCAAUAAGAUCAUUACAAUCUAUGAUGAUGGUUUCCACACAAGUUUGGAUCACAAUGAAUGUGAUACUUUGCACAAUAAUUACACCCUUCCUCCACCUUCUCCAUUUUUGUCUAUGUAUAUCAAGUACAAUGUAACUCUCUUCAAAUGCAAUCACAGCCUUAGUACCAAGCCCCCUUCCAAUUAUGUUAAUCUAGGAUGCCGCGCCUCCUACGGCUAUGAAAUCUAUUAUGAUAGAGAAAAUACCCAUCCUGAUCAAGAGGCUGCCGGAGUUUUUUCCGGCUGCUCGGUUGUCCAGUUUGCUUCAAAAGACUCCACCAAUACCAAAGACGUUUUGUCCUUCGUUUCUGCUGAGAUGGUUCUUGAAAUAGUAUUAUCUCAUGACUGUGAUGACUGCUUCAAUCACAGAGGAGGCCUUUGUAGACUUGACAACAAUAACCACUUUUACUGCCACUUAGAGCCCAAGAGCAACAAAGCCUUGAAGAUCGGACUCGGAAUAGGUUUAGGUGUUGGUGUCACCCUGCUAUGCAUUUUGAUCCUUGUAUACUUGUUUAGACGAAAACAUGCUCCUUCAGAUCUUCAAUACCAAUCAAGAAGCACACACAGUGACUUGAAUGAUCUCUCUAGAAAUGCAGACCCAGAAAGCGGAAGGGACUACUUUGGAGUCCCUCUCUUCUCUCACGAGGAGCUCAGUGAAGCUACAAAUAAUUUCCACCACUCCACCCAAGUUGGACAUGGAGGCUUUGGAACUGUUUACUAUGGAAAAUUGCGAGAUGGACGGGAAGUUGCUGUGAAGCGCCUCUAUGAUCACAACUACAGGAAAAUGAAACAGUUUAUGAACGAAAUUGAGAUCCUUACUGGCAUGCGCCACAGAAACCUUGUGUCCCUCUAUGGUUGCACCUCACGCCACAGUCGAGAAUUAUUGCUUGUGUAUGAGUAUGUUUCAAAUGGAACUGUUGCUGCUCAUCUCCAUGGUGAUUUAGCAAGGAGUGAAACACUGCCAUGGAACAUAAGGAUGAAGAUUGCCAUUGAGACUGCAAGUUCAUUGUCAUAUCUCCAUGCCUCUGACAUCAUUCAUCGUGAUGUUAAAACCAAUAACAUUCUCCUUGACAACCAUUUUUGUGUUAAGGUUGCAGAUUUCGGCCUUUCAAGACUCUUCCCCAGUGAUGUAACCCAUGUCUCCACAGCACCACAAGGGACUCCAGGCUAUGUUGACCCUGAAUAUUACCGCUGCUACCAGCUUACUAGCAAGAGUGAUGUUUAUAGUUUCGGAGUGGUGCUCGUUGAGCUUAUAUCUUCUAAGCCUGCUGUUGAUAUGGACAGGCAUAAGGAUGAGAUUAACUUGUCUGAUUUAGCCAUAAACAAGAUUCAAAACAGUGCAUUUAGCGAGCUGGUAGAUCCUUCUCUUGGUUUUGAUUUGGAUAGUGAGGUAAAGAGGAUGAUAGUUUCCGUGGCAGAAUUGGCUUUUCAGUGUUUGCAACGGGAUAGGGCAUUGAGGCCUUCCAUGGAUGAGGUUUUAAGGGCGCUGAUCAUUAUUGAAAGUGGGAAGAUUAAGGAUGAAGCUGAAGAGGUAGAGGCACAUGUACAUACACCACCAUCCCCGGAUUUGAUUGAUGCUGCUGAAAGAAUCAAGUAGAUCUAAUGUCAGCGGUUAAUAUGAGUUACAGAGGCAUAGCUUGUGGAUAUGUAUCAUGCUGAUUGCUUGACUGCAUUGUUACAUAUUCUUGGUCCCGUACAUAACACUCACUUUGAUGCUUCAUAUAUUUCGAGCAUACACUUUAUUUAAUUUGUUGUUUUUGUUGAUAAGAUGAUCGGAUUAUGUUGCAUCAUAUCAUUUCGAGUCUUUAUUAUUUGGCGCUUACCUUGCACAAUAUUUAACUAAUCAAAACCAGA